AUGAACAAGCAGAUCAGUGGCCUCGUCUUCUCUCCGAGAGUUCAAUACCGCCGCAUCGCCACCAGCGCCUCCUCCACCAAGCCCAACAAGUUCGACUACGAUCUCUAUGUCAAAUCCAAGUUCAAGGCCGUGUCCAUCUCCAUCCAGCACGCUCUCCCGCCGCCGUUCAAGCGGCCCGAGACGCUCCAGUUGCACGAGGCAAUGCGCUACGCACUGAGCCAAGGGCGGCUGAUGUGUGCCAUCGUUUGCAUCGCGGCGUGCGAGCUGGUGGGCGGCAGCCAGGACGACGCCAUGCCAGGAGCCUGUGCGGUGGAGAUGAUCAAGACCAGCACUUGCGUCCAGGACGAUCUCCCGUCCAUCGACAACGCAGAGCUCCGCGACGGCAAGCCGACUGUCCACUGCGCGUUUGGCAUCCCUACGGCACUCUUCGCGGGUACCGCGCUGCUUGUGCUCGGGUUCGAGCACCUGGCAGCGCACUACCGGGGGGACACGGCGGCGAGGAUGGUGGGGGAGGUGAGCCGGGCUGUCGGGUCAACGGGCCUGCUGGCCGGUCAAGCCGUCGACAUGGGUAUCCAGAACGCGGGCCGCGCAGUGGAGCUGGAGACUCUCGAGUUUGUCCACCUCCACAAGACGUCGGCGUUGCUCGAGGCGUCGCUGGUGAUCGGGGCCAUUGCCGGUGGCGCCAGCGAUCAGGACAUUGAGGCACUGAGAGCAUAUGGAAGGGUGACUGGGCUUCUCUACCAGAUCGUGGACGAUAUCGCGGAUGCUACCAAGACGACCGAGGAGCUGGGGAAGGUCGCGGGCCAGGACGCGAUGACGGGCAAGAGCACGUAUUCCACCAUCUUGGGCGUGGACAAGUCGAGGGAGAUAGUUGGGCAGCUCUUGGUGGAGGCCAAGGAACGGCUGGGUGUGUUCGAGGAGACCAAGGCACUGCCUCUGAUCCACCUCAUGGAUCACUUUGUUAAUUGGGCUUAUGAUCGUAGAUAA